AUGGUUAGUGUUAGCGCGGAUUCACUAUUUGUACGCUGUGGAGUUGCGGCGGCGGCAUAUUAUCUCCCUCAAGACUUAGGAGUUGGCGUUAUCCUGGCUCUUAACGUCCGAUCGAAAGGCAGGGAAAUCACUGGUACAAAGGUUCCUGGCCCACCUGCCAGCAGGGUCAACGACUUGGUUUCUAAUUUCAUGUUAGAUCGUGGAUUCGCCCCUUCCAUGUAUAGCAUUUCAAAGUCAAAGAGGCAUACCGUAGUGGAUCUACACUAG